AAGAGAGAGAGAGAGGCUGCACCUACGCCUUUAUAUUGCAGGGCCACCAAAGCAGACGAACAACAUUUUUCCGUCGCCCUAUCUCGGAACACUUCUACUAUCUCUCACUCAUUUCAGACUUUAUCUUGGUUUCAUCCGGAUCGCUCGCCAUCAAUUCCUCUCUCUCUCUCCUUCGCCGCCGCUCUUCUUGUCUGUUUUCGUCAGUUUCCUAUUAUGGGGCGAGCUCCUUGCUGCGACAAAGCUAACGUGAAGCGCGGCCCAUGGUCUCCCGAAGAAGAUGCCGCUCUUCGCAGCUACGUCGAGCGCCAUGGCACCGGCGGCAACUGGAUCUCCUUGCCUCAGAAAGCAGGCCUUAAACGAUGCGGCAAAAGCUGCCGACUGCGCUGGCUCAACUACCUCCGUCCUGAUAUCAAGCAUGGUGGCUUCACUGAGGAAGAGGACAAGAUCAUUUUCUCUCUUUACAAGACCAUUGGAAGCAGAUGGUCUGUUAUUGCUUCUCAUCUCCAUGGAAGAACCGAUAACGACGUCAAGAACUACUGGAACACGAAGCUAAUGAAAAAAAUAAUGGCGGCCGGAGAAACCAUUAAUUCUCCUGUAGCAAACAGCCAAAUUACUAAUAAAAUUCACCAUCCCUCCCCAUCCACCCUUGCCACAUCACCACCAGAUCAAUUCCCGGUGAUGAAAGCCGAGGCCUUUCUCCCUCCCGCAACGCUCGAUUCAAACUUUCCCUAUUCUUCGGAGCCGUAUCCGCUUCCUCAGCUUCCGCCCGAAUUCGCUGCUACAGGAUACAGCUUUUCUCCACCGGCUGACGAUCUAUCUGUCUCUUUCUCCGCCUCCUCAUCAUCCAUCACAAUGGACGACAGUGAAGGAGUCUACUUCAACCAAGCCGCCGCCUUCUUCCCGGAGCAUGGUUUCUCCUCCUGGACGGAGCUGCUUGGCGGUUUCAUGACCUCCGGCGUUUAUCAAAAUCUUUACUCAUAGUAGUGCGGAUAGUCAGUUCUUCAAUUAUGUAGGGUUUGGAACUUUAUUUGGGCUGAUCAUGUGCCUUGAUGGAUUCAUAUUAUUUUCUUUUCUAUGCGUGUAUGCACAUGAGUAGAAGAAUUGAGUUUCAAAUGCUCCUCUUCCAGUUAUGUUAUCUGAGUUC